UCGUAAACUACGACACUUCCGGGGCGUGUAAGGAAAAUGCCGCGAGCUCAAGCUCCAAAACAUGUCAAGUUAUCCACAUGCUCGUCACUAUUACGCGUUUAUUAGUCAAGCUGUUGCAUAACUAGUAAAAUCUCACAGCUUUCAGGGUAUAAUGAGACAGGAAUAUGGAUGUUUUGAAAAGACCUUCUAUUUCUGAAGACGCGGUUCAGUAUCAGCUGUUUCUGGUUCAUCCUGACCCAUCAGACGCAGAAGGCCAUAAGAGAUUCCUCCAGCAGAUCCUUCAAAACAUCCUCGCUGAGAUCGCCCCCCUUUUGGUGCAGUACAUCUGGCAACAUCAGCCCUUCAAUCUAAAAUACUAUCCUGAGAAAGCGGAUGUUCCUGCACACCUGGGUGGUGUUACUGAGUUUGGUGAUAAUGUGGAGGACGAAUGGUUUAUCGUUUACCUGCUCAAACACAUCACACGCACCUUCAGUGAUGUAGCCGCUGUUGUCUUUGAUAAUGAUGGACAGUUUCUUCUGAUUGAAGCAGCUGAACACCUGCCAAAGUGGCUGGACCCGGACAGCAGUGAAAACAGGGUGUUCCUGUUUCGGGGAGAGCUGCACAUAUUACCCAACCGCACAUGUUCUGGAGAGGUUGGCUGGCCCAGAGACUCAGUACCUGCUGUGUGUCAGGCUCUAGAGGUGCUGCAUUCACACACUGAGAGCUGUUUAGCCAAACAGUCCAUACGAUCCGCUCUGGCCAAGAGGCUGGAUGGGUAUCCAGAUAAAAUCCAGCAGAAUUUGCACCACGUCCAUUGUUAUGUGCCUGCGGGCAUCGCUGUGGUGUUGUCUAGGAGGCCUGACCUCAUAGCCCCUGCCGUGUCUGCUUUCUAUCUGCGUGACCCUGUUGACCUCCAGGCCUGUCGAACUUUCCGCACGUUUCCUCCUGACACUAGAGUUAUGACAUCAGUAAAGUUUACUCGCUGCUUAUAUGCACAGUUGCAACAACAGAGUUUUGUUCCAGAUCGGCGGAGUGGUUUCGCCCUUCCCGCCCGCUCUCAUCCCCACUACAGAGCUCAUGAGCUGGGAAUGAAACUGGCCCAUGGCUUUGAAAUCCUGUGCUCCAAGAGUGGACAGUUCUCAUCAGAGAAAGAAGCUUCAGUCAGCAGUAACCCACUAUGGAGAGGCUUUUUAGAUAGUCUCAAAAAGAAUGGAUAUUUUAAGAGUGAACUUGAAGGAUCUGUUCGAUACAAAGACUUAAUGACAUUAGCGGAGGCUUUCUUUAGGCAGUCAGUAACCAGCAUUCACAGCCCCAAUAUUCAUAAUCCUGGUCAGGAGGUGUUGAAAGUCUUGGAGGAUGCCUCUUACAGUUUGGAAGAGCUGAAAAAUCAAGAGGCACAUCUACCACCAGAGGACAGUGAUGCGUGGUUAGACAUCUCACCUCAAGAGCUGGAGAGGCUGCUUGAGGAAAGAGGAGGUCGAGGGGUGAGCGAUGGUACUCGCAAGACAGCGCAACCUGAGGAGGAGGUGCAGGAGGAAGAGGCUGGCUACAGUCUGAUUGCUGUAACGCAAGGCAUGAAGAAAUUCAUCAACGCCAUGUCCUCUCAUGAAGGAGCUGAAAUACCCAGAUCUUGCCUGGCAGAGCCCUUCAGUUUUGAUCCAGAUGCAGUAACCAGUGCACUAGAUAGACUGCUAGGAAGUAAAGAUGAUGAGUUAGACUCUGACGACUUUGAGGAUGAUGAUGAUGAUGAUGAAGAGGACGACAAUGAUGUUGACGAAGAUAAAGCAGCGCAGAAUGGCGAGUCUCAAGAGCAGGCAGGUGCCGAGGCGCUAGACAGUCUGAGGAAAUACAUGGAUGAAAUGGACCAGGAACUGCAAAGCACAAAUAUUGGCAAAAGCUUUACCCAGAACAACAGAGCCAGUAAUAAAGCAGAUGCAUCUAAAAGCUCAUCAGCUGCCUCAAGUUCAGAGCUUGUUGAGGAAGAAAUCCAGCCGCUCGAUGUGGAUCUCAACCUGGUUACGAAUUUACUGGAGUCUCUAGCUUCUCAAGCGGGCCUUGCCGGGCCUGCUUCUAACCUACUGCAGAGUCUAGGCAUCCACAUCCCUCCUGAUGCAGAUCAGUCAUGAUAUGUCAAACUGAAGUGGAAAAAAUAACUCACAGAGACUUUUCACACACUUACCGUCACGCUCAGUGUUCCUUCACCUAGUGCACAUCAGCUGUUAUGGUGUUCCACUCCACACCCAGUACUGAAAUGUCAAUUACAUCCAAACACUGGUGAGAUAGCAACUUGAAAUUUCUUAUGUAAGAAGUUUAUCAUGGUCUAUGGUUUAUCAUGUCAAAUACAACUUUAUCUUUUUGAAUAAAGAUAUUUUUCUGAUA